UUUCAGAAUGUUAGAUAGACUUUGGGAAGUGCGCCAAGCACUGCCCCUUUAUCUGUUAGUAUCUACGCUUGGACUUGCCAUUUCAUGUUGUUUUACUCUCAUAUGUCCUCACGUUUGUCGAUUGAUACCUGCACUAACUACAUAUGGAAAAGCUGCUGAUCAACAAGAAGAUAACUCUUUGGUAGAAAAAAUAUCUGUACCUAAAAAAUGGUUUAAGCAUUUUUACGCAAUCGGUCUUCUAACACUUUUUAUAUGUCUACACACUGUCCACUCGUUAAUCUACAAUCCUAAUUAUCUGCAUCCAGUGGUUCUCAAGAUUCUUGCCACGCUAACACGAUCCUACAGUAUACCACCAAUUACCCCAAGCACAUCAAUCUUGGCUCUCCUGCUCAUAAGCCUUCACGUAGCACGACGUCUCUAUGAAACAAUAUUUGUCAGUGUUUACUCGGACAGUCGUAUGAACUUGUUUCACUAUGCAGUUGGGAUAGUCCACUACAUCAUUCUGCCAAUUUCAAUUAUGUGUGAAACACAGGGAGUUGCUUCCAAAUUACCUCAGCUUCACGUGUCAAUUGAUGAUAUUUCUCUCACCCAAUGGGCUGGAGCUGUCCUUUUUUGGAUUUGCAAUUGGAAACAACAUCAGCUAGCCGAACAAAUAGCAAAUACAAGAAAAGGUCCUAGAGGACUAAUUCGCAAUUACGCCUAUGGUAUCUGCUUUGGUGGUUGGUUCAAUCUCGUCUCAUGUCCUCACUUUCUAUUCGAGAUAUGCAUCUACUUGUCACUUUUUCUUGUAAUUCCUGAUGCCUACGUGUAUAGAUUCAUAAUCAUGUUCGUGUGCAUCAAUCAAACGUUUGCUGCUCUCAUCACUCACUCCUGGUACCACAAAACAUUCCCAAAAUAUCCGAAAAGUCGGAAAGCUCUCAUUCCUUACGUUCUAUGAUGCUCUUCUCCCGGUUUCUUUUUAUUUUUUCGCUACUCGUGUCGCUAGAUUCUUGUCAUAAACCAAAAUUUAUAAAGCAAUUAUUUAUA